GAGUCCUUAGCCCCGCCUCCUCCUCCUCACGGCCACAGACUGCUCACAGACGCGCGCAUCACAACAACACACGCUCUCCCUGCUGUCUUGUUUACCACUUUACUGGGAGUGGAGGGGGUUGUGGAGGAAGGGGAGCGAACGGCGCGCACUGUUGAGUAGUUCCCCAGUCGCCAUGACGACCUCACACCCCACCAUCCUCAGAACUGUCUCCGUGUUGCCUCGGUGACCUGAUCCCGUUUUGUCUCCAUCCCUCCGAUGAUCCGGAUUGGGUCGAUAAGGGAGCGCAAUCCGGCAGCCGGCGUCUGGUUUUCUCCAAACAGCAGCCUCCGGUCCAGGAGCAGGGAGGCGAUCCGUGAUGGGAAUGCUGGGAACGCUGUGGGAGUAGCACCGGAGCGUUGCCUGGAAACAGCAGCAUGCCAGUACAGCAGAUAACUGUGGUCCCGGCAAGAGAGACGGCCGGCAACGGAAAGAGCGCCCCCCGCUCCAAAGAAAAGAACGAGGGAAGGAAAGCUGCUGGGCGCUCUGGCAGCCGGUCCAGCAACAUUUCCAAGGUCAGCAACACAGCUUCAAGAGCAUCAACAACCCCGUCUGCUCAGGACAUCUGCAGCUCUGGACAGUUGACCCGCUUAGAUGACAUUUCUGAGUCCCGCAAGCCCAGCAAGCACAAACCCAAUCCCUCUGCCAUGACAGUCACCAGCACGGCCCUGAGCUCGUCGGCCCAGGCCCAGAAGAAGAAGAGACGGCACCGCCGCAAGAGGAGCAGCUGCUCCACCUUCGACUGCGUGGACCUGAGCGGCAAACAGGAGCAGAGCGACCGCAGCCUCAGCUCCGACCGCAGUGAGUUGGGCGAGAAGCGGGAGCGCUCCUUCAGAAACCGCAAGGAGCUUCCUCCCCGCCUCAGGCGCUCCGGCGCGCCGCAGUCCGACUCCUCCACCGAGGACGAGGCUUGGCGGGAAGCCCGCAGCUGGAGCAAAGAGAAAGCCCGACGAGCGCGGCGCCGCAGCGUCAGCAGCCGAGAGAGGGACGCCGCAGGCGGCCGCGGAGCGGGGCAGGACAAGGGGGAGGCCAUGGAGCUGCAGUCGGUGAACUCAGACGAAGAGAAGGAGAAUCAGCCCCUGGUGGAGGACAGCGGCGGUCUCAAGAAGCGACACAGCACCAGGGGCUCAGCGAAGAGUCCCGUCUCCCAGAACCAAAGAUCCCGCAGCAGAGAUGGGGAGAAGAAGAGCUGCCGGUCCCGGAGCUCCAGAGGCAGCUCCUCGCUGGCGGAGGACGGCGAGCAACUGAUCACCAAGAGAUACCAGGAGAGGGGAUCGGGAGACGGGGACAUGUCGGUGCCCAUCCCCCAGAACCACUGUGGGGCCGGGGAGGGUCACGGGGGCACAGCCGGACCCGGUUCAGACGACUCUGAGCUGGAGGUCUGCAGGAUCUGCCACUGUGAGGGGGACGAGGACUGUCCUCUGAUCACGCCCUGCCGCUGCACCGGCAGCAUGAGCUUCGUCCACCAGGGCUGCCUCAACCAGUGGAUCAAGUCGUCCGACACACGCUGCUGUGAGCUCUGCAAGUUCGACUUCAUCAUGGAAACCAAACUCAAACCUCUGAGCAAGUGGGAGAAGCUGCACAUGACGAAGAGCGAGAGGAGGAAGAUCUUCUGUUCAGUUUUGUUUCACUUCAUAGCUAUAGUGUGUAUGUUGUGGUCUGUCUACAUUCUGGUCAAGAGAACCACAGAAGAGAUCCGACUGGGGAAGAACGACGAGUUACGGAGAGUUUCUCUUCUCAAGUACUAUUCAGCUCAGGGCGUGCUGGAGUGGCCCUUCUGGACCAAGCUGAUCGUGGUGGCCAUCGGCUUCAUGGGCGGCCUCAUCUUCAUGUACAUCCAGUGCAAAGUCUACCUGCAGCUGUGGCGCCGCCUCAAGGCCUUCAACCGCAUCAUCACGGUGCAGAACUGCCCAGAGAAGAACCUGCACCACCCUCCACAGGCCCGGCCCGGCGCCAUGUCCAACGGGAAGCACGAAGCUGUGGAGGUUCCCGUCCCUCCAGCUCUGGCUCCGGUUCAGGACAUGGACUCGGACUUGUCCGUGGAGGCUGCGGUGGCGCCGGACCCAAACCCCGUCUGACCGCUCCUCCUGCAUGCUGGACCACGCUCUGCUCUGUUCAGAGAGGCAGGCGAGAGAGCAAGACGUGAUUCAAGACUCAGGUGGUACUUUCUACUCAGCUGCAGUGAUAACUGACCUUUGAGAUGCAGCACAUAAGUAUUGAUCCCAUCCAGGACAGCUGGCAUGAUGUGGAAGCACAAAACGCAAGAGGCCAGUAAGAAAAGAGAGACAGUAAGAAAAGAGAGACAGUAAGAAGGGGACUGAAAAGAAAAGACGUGGUUUAAUGGCUUGUUGAUGCCAUAUUAUAGUAUGCACUUUCUAAACCUGCACUGAUAGAAAUGUAGUUGAAAACUCCUGAGGAUGGGUUCAACCUGAGGUCUCAGUGUGCUUCAAAUACGCCCAGCAAACUCAAGACCGAGUUCAAACAUAAAGCUUCACAUCCCACAUAUACCAGACAAUAUAUAACACGGUAGACACAUGACCAAUAUCAAUGGAUCAUGCAACUGAUAGAAAGUCUGAAUUCUGGAAGAUGUAGGCAAAGGUUUAGCCACUCAAAUCUAGCAAAGCAAAGUUGCUGGCCUCAGGUGGCCCGGUCAGAACCAGCACCUCCUUCUACGCUGUUUUGCUUCCUGGAGGCAUGGACUCAGGUGAAGUUUUAAACUUUACCCAAAUGCCAACGUUUCUCCGUGACAUACAUCAUGCACUAACUUCCUAGCUAGGAAGCUAUGGAGCUUCCUGAAAAUUGUCCACACUGUAAACAAUCGUCCUUCACUGCAAAGAGAGAAGCUAAACAAGAUGGCUGCUAUUGGUGAUUCAAUAUUUGGAAGCGAGGCCAAAACACUGAUGGACUUUGUUCCCUUCCAACUCUGCUAUUGUGAAAACAGACAAAUCUAAAACAGCGCAAAAAAUCAACGUCAUCGUUGUUAACUCCUCCUUCCGUUUCUGAAUGGCCUGGUAGAAAACCUACUGGAGGAAAUUCAGUGUUGGGAGAAAGCCCAGACUGGAGGCUAGUGACGUCAACUGACUCACUCGCUCAUUGGUCACCUAGCAACAACCUGUUCAGUAACUUGCGCAGCAGGAUUCAGGUUUCGCCUCAGUGCCUCAUAACUUCUUAAAAAUGAAAAACAGCAUGGAGGGAAAACUGGAUGAAACGGGAACGGUCACACCACCAGUUUGGCAGGAUAUCAAAUAUUUUAAACAAAAAAACUAAUAAAUAAUUACUGAUUAUAUUUAACCAGUAAUUACACUUAUAUGUUUUUCAGCCAUAUAGUCAAAAUAUACAGCAGGUGAUGAUGUAUAAAUGUAUGAUGUAUAAGUUCAAAUCCUCUCAGCCUCCACCUCUAAACGUUAUAUUUACAUGCUGAUCAGACUCACUAACUGGUUUUGUCUACAUUGCAGAUUUAAUCAUGGCCCUGAAAAUCCCUCCUGUCAAACUGCUACAGAGCAGCUGUGGCUACAAGCUAGCUCCCCUCCAUCAGUGUGUGUGUGUGUGUGUGUGUGUGUGUGUGUGAGUGAGUGAGUGAGUGAGUGAGUGAGUG